AUGCCGGUGCCCGCCUGCCUGCAGCAUCCUACACUGAGCCCGGUGCCGGAGCCCGGCUGUGCCAUGGAGGAACCGGCCAGCAGCAGGGCUGAGCCAUGGGCUGAGGGGCUGCACAACACCAACAACAACGCUUCCCCGGGAGGGUGGCCGGGCACCCGUGGAGGGCACCCCCUGGCACCUUUUGGCAGCCCUGAGACCAAGCCCAGUUACCUGGGGCGGGUGGUGCUGGAGAUCGUGGAGUCGGAACGCACCUAUGCUCGCGACCUACGCAGCAUCGUGGAGGGUUACUUGGGCAAGAUCAUUGAUGCAGAGGAGCCGGUGCUGCGGCCAGAGCAGGUCAGCGCGCUUUUUGGCAACAUCGAGGACAUCUACGAGCUCAGCAGCACCCUGCUGCAAAACCUGGAGAGCUGUGCCAGUGACCCCGUGGCUGUGGCCGUUUGCUUCGUCACCCGGAGCCAGGAAUUCGCCAUCUACACCCAAUACUGCAACAAUUACCCCAGCUCGGCGGCGGCGCUGUCCGAGUGCAUGAGGAGCAAACCGCAGGCUCGGCUUCCCCGCGUGCCAGAAGCGCUGCGGCACGCGCUGCCCCUUGGUGCCUACCUGCUCAAGCCCGUCCAGAGGAUCCUCAAAUACCAUCUGCUGCUCCAGGAGAUCGCCAAGAACUUUGAGCACAAGUCGGGGGAUGACUACGAGGUGGUGCUGGAGGCCAUCGACACCAUGACCUGCGUCGCCUGGUACAUCAAUGACAUGAAGCGCAAGCACGAACACGCCAUUCGCCAGCAGGAGAUCCAGUCACUGCUGCUGGGCUGGAAGGGGCCAGACCUGACCAGCUAUGGGGAACUGGUGCUGGAGGGCACCUUCCGGGUGCAGCGGGUGCGCCACGAGCGCGCCGUCUUCCUCUUUGACAAGACUCUCCUCAUCACUAAGCGCCGCGGCGACCACUACAUCUACAAGAGCCACAUCCCGUGCUCCUCGCUGAUGCUGAUCGAGAGCACACGGGACUCACUCUGCUUCAGCCUGGCUCACUACAAGCAUGGGAAGCAGCAGCACAGCCUGCAGGCCAAGAGCGUGGAGGAGAAGCGUGUGUGGACCCACCACAUCAAACGGCUCAUCCUGGAGAACCACCAUGCCAUUGUUCCCCAAAAGGCUAAGGAAGCCAUCCUGGAGAUGGACUUGUUCUGUGAGUGCCACCAGCGCCUCGUGGUCCCCUUCCUGCCCUCGCCUGUCCCCUCUGUCCCCCAGCAUCACCUCCUGUGCCCGCAGACCCCCCAGCCCGCCAAGCAGAUCCUGCGGCAGCUGGGCGAGCAAGGGCUGAAGUACAAGGUGCUAAGCCUGGUGCUCACCCCCGAGCAGCACGCCAGCAGCGAUGGGGCUCUCCUGGAAGAGGGGGAGCCCCCCCAGCACCCCAGAGCCUGGGCAGCACCUGAGGGCGUGGUGGAAGAGGAAGAGGAAGAAGAGGAGGAGGAGCUUUUGGGCAAGAAUGGCCAGGAGGAGCUGCCUGGGGCCAGGGAUCUGCCAGAGGAGCCCCAGGAGGAGCAGGCUGGGAUACACCUGCUGACGCCGGAGGGACCCAAGCGGCCGAGCAGCUGGGGACCAGGGAGCUGUGAGAAGGCCAGCAGUGCCAGGGAGUACCCCGAGGGGCUGGUGGCACCUGAAACCCCAUCCUCGGUGGGGACCUCGACACUGGUGCUGCCUGGUGGAGAAGGGGAGCCGGAGCGUGCUGCAGAGGAUUCACAGGGGCUGAGCAGUGAGGAGGAAGAGGAGGAAGAAGAAGGAGCCACCGGCAGCAUCCUGCCACCCUCAGUGCUGGACCAA